AUGAAGUUUAAACGCUGUGAAGGGCUCAAUUCUUCUGUAUUUCUUCCUCUAGCCAUUGCUUUUCCGAACUUAACAUCCUUAGAAUAUUCUUAUGGUGCUUAUGACAUUUAUGAUAGCGCAACACCUAUAAGAUUAUUAUCUGGUCUCAUUAUGACAAGUUGCAAUACACUCAAAAGAAUUAUACUUGACUGGCAUUCCCCUGAUAACCUUGACAUUACUCAGCUUGUCGAAAUUAUUGCACAGCAAAAACUUGAAAUUAAUAUGAGUAGAAGAAUAAAUCCAUAUUGUGCUCUUUCUAUUUUUGCGAAUGCUCCACUUAAAAGUCUUGAACAUUCAAUUCAAUUAUACUUUGAUUAUCAUGAUCUUUUUACUCUAAAAUUCAAUCUACUAAAUCAGAUCUUUGAAUCUAUUUUCUACAAAA